GCAGCGCCUCGCCUAGGCUCCGGACGCUACGCGGCUCCAGCUCCAGAUGCAGAAGCCAUGGAGUUGAGCUGCAGCGAAGUCCCUCUUUACGGGCAGAUGACAAUCUAUGCAGAGUUUGACAAAAAUGUUUAUCUACCUGAAGAUGCUGAAUUUUACUUUAUUUAUGACGGAUCUCAACAGAGACACAUCGUGAUUGCAGAGCGCACAGAUGAUAACGUGCUAAAAUCCAGCAUUCCAGGCCACCGGCUACAGGAGACGGUGACACUGUCUGUGUGCCUCUUCUCUGAGGGUUACUCCCCAGUGACCAUGGGCUCCGGCUCGGUGACCUACGUGGACAAUUUGGCCUGCAGGCUGGCCCGUUUGCUGGUCACCCAGGCUGACCGCCUCACAGCCUGUAGUCACCAGACCUUGCUGACACCAUUCGCCCUGACGGGGGGAGCGCUGCCAGCAUUGGACGAGGAGCUUGUGAUAGCGAUGACUCAGCUGGAGCUGCCAGUGGGGUGGACUGUCUUGGGAGACUCUUCACCUGAGGUAUCUCUACACAGAGAGUCUCUUCUACACCUGGCUGUGAGAUGGGGCCUGGCUAGGCUUUGCCACUUCCUCUUGUGUCUCCCUGGGGGUGUCCAGGCCUUGGUGCUACCCAAUGAAGAGGGUGCCACGCCAUUAGACUUAGCCACACAUGGAGGACACUCGAAGCUCGUGGAAGAUAUCACAAAUUUUCAGGGCCCACGUUCCCCAGGCUUCUCCCGAGCACGGCUCAGUGAGGAUGCUUCUCUGCAGUACGUUCACUCAUCAGACACACUGACUCUCACCCUUAACCACACGGCUGAGCACUUACUGGAGGCAGAUAUUAAACUCUUCCGAAAAUACUUUUGGGACAGAGCCUUUCUUGUUAAGGCACUUGAGCAAGAAGCCAGGCCAGAGGAAAGACCAAUCAUGCCUUCUGGAGCUGCAAAAACUGAAGAAGAGAUUAAGAACUUGGUGUUGAGCGGAUCACCACCCGAAAAGGGGAAUGGAAAGUGUGUCAAAAGCCUGGUGGUUCAACUGAAUGAACAUGAGGGCCAGGCCAGCCUAGGUGUAGGUCACUCCUGUGGUGUUCGCAGGGAGCCCACACAUCCCCCAGUGUUCCCCACUGCAGGCCAGCUCUCUGACAUCCUGAAUGGGGGUGAAGAAGCCUAUGGCAACUGCAUGGUGCUAGAUCAGGUUGGUGAUUUGGAUAUCAACUAUAUUAACGUGGAGGAACUCUCACCCCACACCAGUUCUGAAUCCAUGGGUUCCAAUCUGAGCUCUCACAGUUGCAAGAACCUCAUUCCUGCUCACACUGGCGCCAUUAUGUACUCGCUGGGUGAGAACAGCCACCUGCCAGUCCCAUCGCCAACUGGUUCACACACUUCCAAUUUGAACCUUUCCUUUGGUCUUCACGGGUUUGUUAUGGAGGAAAGUCCUCUAAAGAAAAGAAGUUCCAGCUUUGAUGCCCUGGUUGCCAACAGUGAAGAGGAAGGACAUUCUGAGCAGCCACACACUUGCUCUACUCCAGUGUCUCAGAGUUCCUCAGGAACCGGGCUUCCCAGUGGGGAUGAAUUGGACUCUUUUGAGAGCAACACUGAAUCAGAUUUUAAUAUCGCCAGGACUGAAUCGCUUUCUCUGUCAAGUAAUCUGCAACUGAAGGAAUCGUUGCUUUCUGGAAUCCGCUCGCGUUCUUAUUCAUGCUCAUCACCUAAAAUUUCUUUGGGAAGAACGCGGCUAAUACGCGAUUUUACAGUGUACAAUUCAAGGGAAGAGCAAAGAACUUACAGCCUAUCAGAGCCACCAGGAGAGAAAAGAGUUGAGGAAGAAGAAUGGGAUAAAUACAUCAUCCCGGCCAAAUCAGAAUCUGAAAAGUAUAAAGUGAGCCGAACUUUCAGCUUCCUCAUGAAUAGGAUGACCAACCCUCGGAAUAAAUCCAAGAUGAAAAACAAGGAUGUCAAAGAUAAAGAGAAACCAAAUCGACAUCAAUUUGUUCCAGGAAUGCCCUCUGGGUCUCUGCAGUGUGUGGCAUGUGAUAAGACACUCCUGGGGAAAGAGCUACUCCAGUGUUCUAGCUGUAAUGCAAAUGUUCAUAAGGCUUGUAAGGACUCCUUGCCUCCAUGUAUCAAGAAAUUCCAAGAGAAACAUAGCAAGAACAAACCGCAGAGCAUCCUUGGAAGUUCUUCAGCUAGAGAAAUCCCACAGCCUGGCCUCUCCUUGCACCCUUCAUCCUCCAUGCCCAUUGGACUCCCAACUCCAAGGAAGGAAUCCACAGGGCAGGUCCCUCUGCUCUCUAGAAGUGUUCCAAACACCAGUCUGGAAAGUUUCAGGAGGUCAGUUACAUCUUUGGAAUCUGAGGGCGAUGGGAACAACUGGAGAAGCAGGUCUCAUUCUGAUGAACUGGUGCAAUCCACAGGCUCUUCUUCUCCCUCCAUGGAGACUUUCGUAAUGGAAGAUGUCAUGGACUCUUCCCUGUGGCGUGACCUCAGCAACGAGGCCAAAGAGUUUGAAGCAGAGUCGUGGAGCAUGGUGGUGGACCCCUCAUUUUGCAGUAGGCAGGAGAAGGACGUCGUCAAAAGGCAAGAUGUCAUUUUUGAGCUAAUGCAGACAGAAAUGCAUCACAUCCAGACCCUGUUCAUCAUGUCUGAGAUCUUCAGGAAAGGCAUGAAGGAGGAGCUGCAGCUUGACCACAACACCGUGGAUAAGAUUUUCCCCUGCUUAGAUGAGUUGCUUGAAAUCCACAGGCAUUUCUUCUAUAGUUUGAAGGAGCGCAAGCAGGAAUCCUGUGUUGAUAAUGACAGAAAUUUUGUGAUCAGCCAGAUUGGAGACAUUCUGGUACAGCAGUUUUCAGAAGAAAAUGCAAGUAAGAUGAAAAGGAUAUAUGGCGAAUUCUGUAGCCAUCAUAAGGAAGCUGUUAGCCUCUUUAAAGAACUCCAGCAGAAUAAAAAGUUUCAGAAUUUUAUUAAGCUUCAAAAUAGUAAUCUUUUGGCUCGACGCCGAGGAAUUCCAGAAUGCAUUCUUCUGGUCACCCAGCGUAUCACAAAGUACCCUGUUUUGGUGGAAAGGGUCCUGCAGUACACAAAGGAAAGAACUGAAGAACAUAAAGACUUAUGCAAAGCUCUUUGCUUAAUUAAAGAUAUGAUUGCAGCUGUGGAUCUAAAAGUCAGCGAGUAUGAGAAAAACCAAAAAUGGCUUGAGAUCCUGAACAAGAUAGAAAACAAAACAUACACAAAGCUCAAAAACGGCCAUGUGUUUAGAAAGCAGGCACUGAUCAGUAAAGAAAGGACACUGUUACACGAAGGCCUUGUCUACUGGAAAACUGCUACGGGUCGUUUUAAAGAUAUCCUAGCUCUACUUUUAACUGACCUACUGCUCUUUUUACAAGAAAAAGACCAGAAAUACAUCUUUGCAGCUGUUGAUCAGAAGCCGUCAGUUAUUUCCCUUCAGAAGCUCAUUGCUAGAGAAGUUGCUAAUGAAGAGAGAGGAAUGUUUCUGAUCAGUGCUUCAUCUGCUGGUCCUGAGAUGUAUGAAAUCCACACCAACUCCAAGGAGGAACGGAAUAACUGGAUGAGGCAGAUCCAACAGGCCGUAGAAAGUUGCCCAGAAGAAGAAGGGGGAAGGACAAGUGAGUCUGAUGAGGAGAGGCGGAAAGCCGAAGCCAGAGUGGCCAGAAUUCUGCAGUGUCAAGAGAUACUCAGUAACCAAGACCAGCAGAUCUGCACGUAUUUGGAGGAUAAGCUGCAUAUCUAUGCUGAACUUGGGGAACUGAAUGGCUUUGAAGAUGUUCAUCUAGAACCCCACCUCCUCAUUCGACCUGACCCCGGAGAGCCUCCCCAGGCUGCCUCCUUGCUGGCAGCAGCACUGAAAGAAACGGAGAGUCUGCAAGUUGCUAUGAAGGCCUGGCAGAUGGGAGACGGGAGUCAGUCGUCGGAGGUUGGCGGCCCAGAGUCUGUCUCCAGCGAAGAGCUGGGCUCUGGCGCCCCAGGGCCACCCCCUGCCUGUGUGCUUCCAGCACCAGUAACAGAAGGGACAGAAGGAAGAGGCUGUUGGGAUAUGGAUCCCAGGACCCAGGGUGUGGUAACCGACUUGGCAGUCUCUGAUGCAGGGGAGAAGGUGGACUGUAGAAAUUUUCCAGGUUCUUCACAGUCAGAGAUUAUACAAGCUAUACAGAAUUUAACUCGCCUCUUAUAUAGCCUGCAGGCUGCCUUGACCAUCCAGGAUAGUCACAUUGAGAUCCACAAUCUGGUCCUUCAGCAGCAGGAGAGCCUGGCCUCUGGCCACUCUUUCCUGGGCAGCCCCUUGCAGGACCAGGACAAGUCCCGUACCCUGGAGAAGCAGCGCGAAGAGCUCACUGACGUCCACAAGCUCCAGCACCAGCUGCAGCAGGAACAGAGGCGCUGGCUGCGUACCUGUGCCCAGCAGCAGCGGGAGCAGGAGGCCAGGGAGAGCUGGCUGCAGGCGCGGGAGCGGGAGUGCCAGUCCCAGGAGGAGCUGCUGCUGAGGAACCGCGGCGAGCUGGACCACCAGCUGCAGGAGUACCAGCAGAACCUGGAGCGGCUGAGGGAGGGCCAGCGCCUGGUGGAGCAGGAGAAGGAGAGGAUGCGCGCGCAGCAGGGCCUGCUGGGCCCCUGGAGGCACACCCGGCAGAGGAGCCUCCCCGCAGCCUUCCCACCCUUCCUUUCUGGGAGCAGGGAGGCAGUGGAACUUAAUCGAUCUGAGAGUUUGUGGCAUGAAAAUUCAUUCUUCGUCAAUGAAGCUUUAGUACAGAUGUCACUUAAUGUGUUCAGUAAACCGAGCCUAUCAGGUAUCUACCAAGAUGCCGCUUGCCCCACUCACACACCUAACUCGGAUUCGUUGAGGACUGGUGAAAAUCAAGGAGUCUUCAAGACAGAUGUCUCUCAGUCUGCAGAUGUGGACCCUGGACUGUGGACAGCCGCUGAGCCCUGCCAUCAGAUACCUCCUCUCCAUGACGGCAACAGGGAUUCGUGUAAACAUGAUCUGGACACUUCCUGGACAAAGUCCCCAGCCCUCCAGGACUCAAAUCCACACUACCUUCAGCUGCAGACAUUUAUAGAAGCAAAACAAAAUCUACCAACAGUGGCCACACAAGAUGGGCAAGCUGCAGAUAGAGCAGAAGAAGAUAUUGUUUACCUGUAAUUAUGUCGUCAUUAUUUUACCAAACAAACCCAACUCUGGCACUUUUGGGAGAACCUUUCCUCUCCAUUCCUUCUGUGCAUGACUGUGCCCAAAUUGCUUUAAGAAUAAUAUUUAAUAUUUCAUGCAAGUUCAUUCUUGGCCUGAGUCCAAUAAUUAAAUUAUUGAAAACAGCUCUGUAUAAUCUUUAACUUAUCACACCUACUUUCAGAUUUCCGGAGGAGAAACUAACUUGAAUGAGCAGAAAUAUAUUAAAAGUUUCUUUCACUUGAGAAUAAAAUUUCAUAUUUCAUUUUAUAUGCGGUUGCUUGGAUUUGAAGUGCCUUUUAAGGCAGAAAUGAAGCAAUUCGGAAUUAAAGAAUGAGCUUCAUAAGGGGUGACCUUUUACUGUCACAGCAGUUGGUUAAUAACAGUGGCCUUGGUGCCCAAAAAGCACAAGAGGCUAUGGGGAAGGCCUCUUCUCAGCCAGCUUUUCUGUGUCAAUCUCUUUGGGCAUCAGAGAUGGAAAUCUGUCGGCAUCACCAUCACCAUCCCACAGCGUGUCCUGCUGGGCUUUUGUUCUGACCCUGUGGCCACUAUCCCAGGAACAUAGCCUGGAGAUGCAUAGGACCAGAACCAUGCACUUUGAGACACAUUUUCUUUCUCCUCACACUGCUGAGAUUUUACAUCAGUGUUCAGCAGACCACUGCAGCCCCGCCCAGAGCCCCCUCAAGAUGGCUGUGACAUAAACAGUGAAACUCCAUGAAAACCUUUACUUCCAUCAGCUGGCCUGCCCUUGUUGUCCCCUGGACCAGGACAAACACACUCUCAGUGAACUUGCUGCCUGGAGGGCCUUUGCCGAAAAAGACAACAGGCAGAUCCAGCCUUUGAGUGAGGUGGAUGUCUGAGAAAAUAACCAGGAGAUGUUUCCAUUGUGUUCUGCAGAAAUAUUUGUAUAUGUUUUGGUCAGUGUCAAUAAAUAUCUUUUACGUCAUU